GGCGGGACGUCCAUUCGUGGAGGUGAUAAUGGUGGCGAUCUCCUCGUAUGAAGUGGAGCGUGCGGCCAAGAUUGCGCGCAACAAAGCCAUGCUGGCAUCACUGGGCAUCGAAAAGCCACAGCCGGCUAACGGUUCUACUUCGGACUCUGACCGACGAAAGGAGUGGACGGAGCCAGGUUCUACUUCGCCACGCAUGGCCAGGAAAACAGCCGAGCGCCGUCGUUCGACUGCCAAAGUGGCAUCGAAUAGUCCGCUGAGACGAUCGUCUCGAGUCGAGAAGAUCAUUCAAUUGAUCUCUCAAGACAAAUCAACACAAGUACGGAACUACCAAGACCAACAAGAGUUUCUACGGAUGCGGCAAAUGCUGUCGUCGGGACCGAAUGCGCGGACGGACACGACAUUUUCCAACGACGCCAAGAACAAAUGCAUCAUGAACGAAUCCGGCGUUGACGCUCCCAAGCGGCACGUGCACGAGUACGACAUCACACUGGAGCGAAGCCCCCAUGGGUAUUGCAUCUAUUUGGGUAUUGUCAAGUACAGUGUGUGUGUGGUGACCUUCCGAAGACCCGCUCCACACUUCAUUGGGCCGGCCGAAGCAUCUGGGCGUAUUAAACCUGGUGACAAACUCGUGAGCAUCAACGGGGUGACCUUGUACGGCGGUGACGAUUUCAAAAAGCACUGGGCAAACUUUAGCACUGCCUCUGCCAUCACGUUGGGAUUUCGUCGAUUGCUGGCGGAAGUUUAACGAGUAAAGUGCUACUUAUUAUACACUGUUAGUUGUUAGUAAUACGUCCGAAC